AUGGGUUCGUCUAACUCAUCAGCAGAUGAUAUUAAUGCACUGGAGAUACAUCAUUGGUACAGAAAAUUUAUGAAAGAGUGUCCAUCUGGACAGCUCAGUCUCCAUGAAUUUAAAGGAUUACUUGGCCUGCAAGGAAUGAAUCCAGAGGCAAAUCAAUACAUUGAACAAGUAUUCUGCACAUUUGAUAUGAACAAGGAUGGAUUUAUCGACUUUCUGGAAUUUAUUGCUGCAAUAAAUUUGGUUUUGCGAGGGAAAAUUGAUCAGAAAUUAAAGUGGUAUUUUAAACUAUAUGAUGCAGAUGGAAAUGGAUCAAUUGACCGUAAAGAAUUGCUAAGUAUAAUAACGGCAGUUCAAGCUAUAAAUGGCCACCAAGGGGUGAACCCAGAAGAUUUCACAGCCAUGUUAUUUCAAAAGAUUGAUGUCAAUGGAGAUGGGGAGUUGACAUUAGAAGAGUUUAUCACUGGUAUACAAAAAGAUGAAUCACUUCUUGCACUUAUUUCAAAAAGUUUUGACCUUUCCAAUGUACUCAAAACAAUCCAAAAUGGAAGACGGAAAAGUAUUCCAUGAUAUGUGAAGAUGAUUUUGUU